CAUCGACGAGUGAGAAAGUGUAAAGCAAAACUGAAAGAAAAAUCUGUUAACAAUUGUUAUGAUAGAUCUUAACUAUUGUAAUCCCAUAACUUAUCAAUUAUAGAAGAACUAAGAUAGUCCAUAUCGUGACUUGUUCAAUUCACCCCAUCAUUAAGAAUCUCAUCUAUUCAUAUAUCACAUACUUAUGAGUUUUAGAAUACUAUAGAGUUUACAAUCGUGUUGCUUUUUUCAUUUUUUUUAUUACUGUUUACCAUUCGCCAUUCUAUAUAGUUUCUAUAGCCAACUUGGUUUAUUCAAUCAACCAUCAUACAUCCCCAUCUAAUAGAUAGUUCAUGUCAUGUCAACGGUGUUUACUUCAUCCACCAUACCGUUGAGUUUCCGUCCCAGUCAUGAUCAACCCCAUACCCAUACUCAUACUCAUAAUAAACCAGAGUCCAUAUCGCCAUCUGAACCUCCUAUAUCCAAUAAUGAAGAUUCUUUAUCUCCCAUAAUAAAUUGUAUGUUGGCAGGAGGAUUCGGUGGAAUGGUAGGUGAUACAUCAAUGCAUUCCUUGGAUACCGUAAAGACUCGACAACAAGGUUUGGUUCAUCAUUUAAAAUAUAAAAAUAUGAUCCCUGCUUAUAUAACCAUAUUUAAAGAAGAAGGAUUCUUUCGUGGUUUAUAUGGAGGUUAUACAUCAGCCAUAUUAGGAUCAUUUCCUUCUACAGCUGCAUUUUUCGGAACUUAUGAAUAUACCAAGAGAAAAAUGAUUAAUGAUUAUAAAUUAAAUGAAACUUUUUCAUACUUUAUAGCUGGGAUCCUUGGAGAUUUAGCUUCAAGUAUAUUUUAUGUUCCUUCAGAAGUAUUAAAAACAAGACUUCAAUUGCAAGGAAGAUAUAAUAAUCCUCAUACCAUUGGAUGUGGUUAUAAUUAUAAAGGUUUAAUCGAUGCUAUAGUUUCAAUAUCAAAAACUGAAGGUGGUAAAACAUUCUUUUUUGGUUAUAAAGAAACUUUAUUCAGAGAUUUACCAUUUAGUGCUUUGCAAUUUGCAUUUUAUGAAAGAUUUAGACAAUUGGCUAUAAAUUAUAAUGGUUCAAAUGAUUUACCUGUAUCCAUGGAAUUAGCCACUGGUGCCGCUGCAGGUGGAUUAGCAGGAACUUUAACCACUCCAUUGGAUGUUAUUAAAACAAGAAUUCAAACAUCCACUGGUACGGAAUCAUCAUCAUCAUCCUCCUCCUCCUCCUCCUCCUCCUCUUCCCUUAAAAAAACAUCUCCUCGUCCAUUAUCAUCCACAUUUCAAGCCUUAACAUCGAUAUAUAAAAAUGAAGGUAUAUUAGGAGCAUUUUCCGGGGUGGGACCAAGAUUCAUAUGGACAGGUAUUCAAAGUUCUAUCAUGUUAUUAUUAUAUCAAAUAUCAUUAAAGCAAUUAGAUUCAAUGCUUGAUUCUCAUGAUAAGAACACAUUCGCAUAGAUCAUUAUCACAAACAGAGAAACUUAUAUAGAAACUCAUCCAUCCUUGUAAAUAUAUAGAAUUUAACUUAUCAUCAUAGUUAAAUAGACACAAAGAAAAAGAACUGCAUGAAUGAGUGAUUCAUUCUUCAUGUAGCCACAUAUAUAUACUAUAUACUAUAUUAUUAUUCAUUAGCCCUAUAGUAAUAAAACAUUAAUUUAACCUAAUCGAAUCAUCCUCCUUAAAGCAC